UUGCUCCACCUUCUUCUUUCUCUCAGAUUUUCCUUGAUAAAAAAUCUGGGUUCUUGUCAAAGAUUUCUUUUUGGUUUUCAUUUUUAAGAGUUGUUUGAGGAUUAUGGAGCAUGGGGAGUUGGUCUCUGGUGAAUGUAUGAAGGAAUCUGCAACUUUGGUGAAUGGUUCAUCUUCUACAUCACCAGUUCUUGGCUUGAAGCUUUCACAGACACCCUCUUUCUUAGAGAAGGUAGAUCAAUUAUUCUUACAGAAAGGAUAUAGCUUCAAUGGCGAAGAACAAGCCGACAACAGCUCUAGUGAUGGGAAGCCAAAGGAGAAUGUUUUGCAGCAUUCAAAUAAGCUGAAAGCUGAGAAUUUCCUCAUUUCGAUGCUUGGAAUUGGCUCAUGGCAGAGGGUGUCGAGAAACGAUGGUGAGUUGGUAGGCAAAUGCUAUUUUGCUAAAAGGAAGUUGGUAUGGGAAUUUCUGGAGAAUGGGUUGAAAAGCAAGAUCGAAAUCCAGUGGUCUGAUAUUCUGUCGUUGAAGGCUGUUUCCAAUGAAGAUCAACCUGGAAUUCUUGAACUUGAAUUAAACCAGCCUCCCGUAUUUUACCAUGAGAUCGACCCACAACCAAGGAAGCACACACAAUGGAGAAUGGUCUCGGACUUCACCGGAGGACAAGCUCCUACCUACAGGAGGCACUAUCUCGAGUUUCCUCCGGGAGUCAUCGACAGGCCCCUCGAGAAGCUCUUGGGUUACGACCAUCGGUUGCGUAUGUUGAGUCGACAAGGCUUCCCAACUCUCGACUCACCGUACUUUCCAAAACAUACAUUUGAAGGUUUCUCUUUGGAUUUCGGUGGACAAAUGCACAUCACUCGACAACAACAACAACUUUCGUUUCCAAAUGUCCCAACAAAUUAUCAAACAUACCAGCCUGCACCACUCAGUUCAUCCAUAUCAGGUAUGAAUGUAGGAGAUGAUUCAAUUCCAAACCAAAUUAGAGGAAGUGUGCAUUUUCAAAACAACUAUAUAUCAUUGGAACAAGAUCAGCUUGGAGGACUAGUCCCUAUGCAGCUACCAUCAAAUGAUCAUCAUCAAAGCAUGGUAUUCAACAAUUCACAGACUGGGGUUUCAAAUAACAUGGCGGAAGACGAUUUAUUCAUGCAAGGUCAUCUUGGGAACAAUGUUGUCGGUGGGGGGCAAAUGUAUGCUCAAGUUAUGAAUUGGUCGCCCGACAACAACUCAUUUUCUUCAUCGGUUAUUACCGAUGACUUCAAUCAUGAUAUCAAUAAUUGGACUCAUGAUUUUAAUUUUAGGCAGUGGCAGUAA